GGGGCCUGGAGGCAAAAAAAAAAAAAAAGGGAAAAAAAAUUGACAAAGGGUUGACAAACACCAUUAGGUGAAAAUGUUCCGUCUCACUGCGAGUGUGUAUUGUUUACAGUGUGAGAGUCGCCUGCGUCCGUACGCCGGCGGAGAGACCGGAGCGCCGCGUUUCUAAUUAAGGUUAGUAAUUGAUUGAAUCUCGCCUUCGGGGGGGGGGCAGCUCACUUUGAAUCUCUUAAGAGAAAGUCUCGGUGCUAUAUGGUUUUCGAAGCACGUGGGAGAAUAUUUGUAAAGUUUUGCUCAGUCGCACUACUGUGAAAUUUUUUCCCUCCUUUUUUUUUUUUUUCCUUUUUCUCCCCUCCGUUUCAUUUUUAUUUUUUCCGCCGGCCUCCUCUGCGCUGUGCGGCGUUUCGCGUUUCUCCGAGCGCAUGCGACGGUACUGCCCGCUUGCCCCGCUAAGGGAGCCACGAGGCAUAUUUAUCAGGAGCUGAGCGCCGGUAGAGGGGCUGGGGGACUCGCCGAGCAUGUUUCCCUCACUCACUUUGGGAAGAUUACGGCUCGGCGCGGAGCCCCCGUCGCCCCUCGCGCCUCCACGCCAAAGACACACCCCGCCGAUUAAGCGCGGCUUUUUUUUGUGCGCGUGUGUACGUGUCUCUGUGAUUGUCCUCGGGUGCCAAAACAAUCAGAGAUGCUUGAUUUGUUUUAAUUACCAGCUCAAGAUGUCAUCAGUGUGGGAUGCGAACGGCCAGAGUCCGCCUGCAGUAGAGUAAAUACCGCUGUAAACACUUCCUUCGCAAUUGCUUUGACAGGUAACUAGAUCCUGACUUUUUUUUUUCUUUUUCUUUCUUUUUUCCCCUCCUUUUUUGCUUUUGAACAUUUUUUUGAAGCCCAAUAUUGCUGUGAGGCUUGUGAGAAUUUCUUCACGCGAUGCAUUCGGUGGGGAUUGCUCUUUUCUCCCUCGUCAUUUAAAAGGUUUUAAGUCAUGAUGCAGGAGUCCGCGACAGAGGCAAUAAGCAACAGUUCAAUGAAUCAAAAUGGAACGAGCAUUCUGAGCAGCCAAUUAGAUGCCGGCACUCGAGAUGGAAGAUCAAGUGGUGACACGGGCGGUGAAGUAAGCACAGUCGAGCUGCUGCAUCUGCAACAACAGCAGGCACUACAAGCAGCAAGACAGUUACUGCUCCAGCAGCAGAGCAGCGGCCUCAAGUCUCCAAAGCACAGCGACAAACAGCGUCCACAACAAGUUCCCGUAUCGGCGGCCAUGAUGAGUCCAGGGGUGAUCACCCCCCAGCAGAUGCAGCAGCUCCUUCAGCAGCAGGUGCUCUCCCCCCAGCAGCUCCAAGCCCUGCUCCAACAACAGCAGGCUGUCAUGCUGCAGCAGCAACACCUGCAGGAGUUCUACAAGAAACAGCAAGAGCAGUUACACCUUCAGCUCCUCCAGCAGCAACACCCGGGCAAGCAAGCAAAAGAGCAACAGCAGCAGCAGCAGCAGCAGCAGCAGUUGGCCGCCCAGCAGCUCGUCUUCCAGCAGCAGCUCCUCCAGAUGCAGCAGCUCCAGCAGCAGCAGCACCUGCUCAGCCUGCAACGCCAGGGCCUCCUCUCCCUACCCCCCGGCCAGGCCGCGCUGCCCAGCCAGCCGCUGCCGCCAGCUGGUCUGAGCCCUGGGGAACUGCAACAGCUGUGGAAAGAGGUGACGGGAACCCACAACAUGGAAGACAACGGCAUCAAGCACAGCGGCCUGGACCUCACCACCACCAACACCUCCUCGACUACCUCCUCAACCACUUCCAAAGCGUCGCCGCCCAUCUCCCACCACUCCGUGGUGAACGGCCAGUCCCCGAUUCUCAACACGAGGAGAGAGAGCUCGCAUCACGAGGAUUCGGGUCCUUCCCACCCCCUCUAUGGUCACGGCGUGUGUAAGUGGCCCGGCUGUGAGAGCAUUUGCGAGGACUUUGGCCAGUUCCUCAAGCACCUUAACAACGAGCACGCGUUGGACGACCGCAGCACUGCACAGUGUCGCGUCCAGAUGCAGGUGGUGCAGCAGCUGGAGAUACAGCUUUCGAAGGAGCGCGAGCGCCUUCAGGCAAUGAUGACCCACUUGCACAUGCGACCCUCAGAGCCCAAGCUGUCUCCAAAACCGCUCAACUUGGUGUCGAGCGUCACCAUGUCAAAGAACCUGCCGUCGGCGUCCCCGCCGAAUUUACCUCAGACGCCCACCACGCCGACGGCACCCGUCACCCCGCUGACCCAGGUGCCGCCGGUGCUCAGCCCCGCCAGCCUGCCCAGCGUGGGAGCCGUACGAAGACGCCACUCGGACAAAUUCUCGAUGCCCAUGUCCUCAGAGAUCGCCCCAAACUAUGAGUUCUAUAAGAAUGCAGACGUGAGGCCUCCGUUUACUUAUGCAACUCUCAUAAGGCAGGCCAUCAUGGAGGCGGCCGACAUGCAGCUAACGCUCAACGAAAUCUACAGCUGGUUCACGCGGACGUUCGCCUACUUCAGGCGCAACGCGGCCACCUGGAAGAACGCUGUCCGACACAACCUGAGUCUGCACAAGUGCUUCGUGCGCGUGGAGAACGUGAAGGGGGCCGUUUGGACCGUCGAUGAGGUCGAGUACCAGAAGCGGCGGUCGCAGAAGAUAACUGGGAGUCCAACGCUAGUUAAAAACCUGCCCUCCAGCCUGGGUUAUGGAACAGCUCUCAAUGCAAGCUUGCAGGCGGCGCUGGCAGAGAGCAGUCUGCCUCUACUGGGAUCUCCAGGCCUGGUCAGUGGGACCUGCACAGGGCUGCAGCAGACGACACAGGAAGACCUCAACGGUACACUCGACCACCUGGACACCAAUGGCCACAGCAGCCCCGGCUACUCGCCGCAGAACCACCUGCCACCGGUUCACAUCAAGGAAGAGCCGCUAAACCUGGAUGACGAGGAGGGUCCGAUGUCUCUGGUCACAACGGCCAAUCACAGUCCGGAGCUGGAGGACGACAGAGAGCUGGAGGAAGGGAAUUUAUCGGAGGACCUGGAGAGUAGUGUCAGAACCCGGAGCCACCAGCUGCUUGUGGCCGACAUUCGAAGACCAGUGUUUUUCAUUUUCCAACAUGCUUUCGGUUGUUGACUCAUUCUUUUGGCAGUCUUAGCUGUAACGGACAUCCCUUGAGUUACGUACACCUGAAAUGCAGAAUCAGACUGUUGCUCUUGCCCAAAAAAAAGAAAAAAAAAAGGAAAAAAAAAAAAUUCUCAGUUUGUGCCGAAACAACAAGAUGUUGAAACCCAACCAUUUGAGAAAGCACCACGACAAAUGAGAAGCUUACCUGCAUAUCCUACUACUGUUCUCUUUACCUCCUUGUUCUGAAGCUUUGUCUACCUGCAAACAGUCAAAGGCAACAGCUAGAAACCAAAGCCAACUCUAUCAAUGGCCAAUAGCGCAGACAGAAGCGGCCAGCCUCCUCAGUCAGCCUUCUGUAACUUUAAUUAUUGCGAAGGGAAGCUUUCCACGAACUACCUUCUAAUGACCUCUGGGAUCGUUUGAUUUGGGCCCUGUACAAAGAGAAAGGACUGACCCGAAGGUGCGUCACCCUGUCACCUGGCUCAGACUUUGCCUGACGCGUUGCUGGUGCGGAAACGUGGCCGGGUGCUGGGGGGCCGGCGAGGCAGCCUAUACGUGGAUCAAAAAGUACAAACUGACCAAAACAAGCUUUGUGUAUUUAAUGGAAGUGCAGAAUUUGUACUGUUGUGAAUUUCCUUUUCUCUC